UCCACCUCUAAUGCUCUUUUUUGUUGCCUUUUGCGGCUGAUUUUGUCACUGCCCGUUUAUAUCGCUUAUAUCGCCAGUUAAACCCUCCAUAUAUGAUAUAUAGACCAAAUCCCAAGUAGCCAUGAGUGCCAGCGAGGAGUUCCAGGGCUGGCUAAAUGAUGAGCUGCGAAAACUGAAUACGGACGAGAACGUUUUCGGCUCGUACAUCGUGGGAAUUUUAGAGGGCGAUGAAACAAAUGAGGAGAAAACCGAGGCUCUUGAGGGAAUUCUCAGCGAAACAGGCUCCGCCAACAUCGACGAACUGGUGGCCACAAUUCUCCAAAAGUGGCUCCAAAGUCAUCCCAGCGCCGAUGAUCCGCCCAAAAAAGGUCUCGACAUCGACGUAAAUGCCCAGUUGGCCAAGUUGCUGGAGCAACAGAAGCUGAUACCCGCCGUUAACAAGGAGCGUGAAUACACGGAGGAGGAGCGCCGCAUCAAGCAGCAGAUCCUCGCCCAGUACUCCCAGACUGCUGUUGUGAACCAGGACGAUGACGAAUCCGAGGACGAAAGCGAUGAUGAGACUGGAAUCCUUUCGAAGAACACCAACAAAUCGGAUGUGCAGGCUUUGGCGAAGGAGAAGCGAGAGCAGGCCCGAAUGGACAGUGCGGCCAAGAAGCAAAAGGACAAGGACGAUCGCGAAAAGCAAAAGCAACUGCGCGAGGAGAAGAAGGAGAAGCGCAAGACCGUCAAAGGCGAGAGGCGUCGAUAACCGUCCCCAAGUGCAAAUUUUAAGUCUCUUACCCCGAAACCAAUCUAUA